AUUAAUUAAACUUAAUCAAUUGUAAAAAUUAUAACAUCGUUAGAUACUAAUAGCAUGUGUAAUAGGGGAACAAUGUGCCGAUUAUAUUCGCUUCGCUCAGUCACUUAUCGUAUCGAUCGAUGGUGGCGCGUGAAUAACGUACCGCGUUUGUUCUAUCGAUUAUUUCUUGUUUCCUAUUCCAGUUCAGUCAAUGAUAAUGUUAGUCGGACGCAAAGUCUACUGUUGAAUAUACCCUUAAAAACUACUGCGUUUCGUGAUUUGUAAGAUUGAUCAAGUGAUUGCGUUAUUUAGAGAUAAUUUUUUUAAGAAAAUCUGCGCAGGAUAUAUCACGAAGUCGCGACUGUUUAUUUAGUAGAUAUAAAAAAAUGAAUAUGCGUUAGAGCAAGAAAGAAACGACUCUUAUUCUAUUUGAACCGAAUUUUUUUUUCAAUUAUUCAUCGAUCUAUUGUCGCGCAUCUGUGAACUUGUCGAACACAACUGGGACAUUUGAUGAAUGAAUUGAACGUUCUGUUAGGGAAACACGAGCGGUCACCGAUAGACCAGUAAAUUUUUAACGAUCUUGCAUGCUACGGCAAACCUAUGCGAAUGUCGUGGAACAGAAAUGGCACGAUUCUUUCACGAAUAUAGAAGCAACUUUCAACUUGGAAACGGCAGCGAUAAUAACAUAUCAAAGCCGUAUGCAUGCAUAGUCGAGUAUCAUUUAUAUCGCUGUUAUAAUUCGCAGAGUUAUUCUGUAGUGCAACGGCGACCACCACGUCAUCUUUUGGAAGCCUGGUACUUUUGGCUAGGCAUUGUUUUACUCGUUGUUUCCGCCAUUUCUUUGAUGGCAUAUGUACUCGGUAAUCACAUACGGUAAUAUUUAAGGUAUUUCAUCCGGACGUAAUGCACGUAUCGAUGAUAAUAGACGAAACGAUCGGGAAUUCAAUCAG